AAAUCCAUGGGAAGGUGUCAAUCUUCUUCCCUUUAUUGAUAUUAAGCUUUUGAAAGACACAAUUACUGCUCAUUGCCCUGAUAAUAAACUAACUGUAGAUCAGCGGCGACGGAACGCGCGGGGGAAAGUGUUUUGUUACCGCUACGAUAUAUCUUGCACGGACACAGUUGAGUCGCCGAACAAAAAUAUUGGUCUCCCGGACAUUAUUGGAUCGUCGUCUGCGGUCAACGUAGUUGAAGAGCUUGAGUCGACUGGUCUCGCUUUUAUGCCUGAGAUUAUCUCUGGUACACAAAUACCGUAUCCUGGCUUUCCUUCGUUGAGCGUUUUACCAAUUGCGAAGGUCGAGCUCCUUCCAAUCGGAUUAAACUGCUUUGGUAGCGCCUCCAAGUAUCCGAAUACACUGCUCACCCUCAAUCAGAUGCCGCCUUUGCCAGGUGUGGAGUUACUAGCCCCGAAUAUUUUAGACAAGUCUCUCUUCAUCAAUUGGCCAAUGAUGCAUGAAGGGAAAGUCGUGGCGAUUUGCGAUGGGACGAAGGAAGUUCGCAUUGUGAACGGAAAAUUACAGACGAAUCAGUUGACACCAAGCGCUGCAGCCCGUUGGGCAUCGGAGUCAGAAGCAAUGGCUCAAAUGUAUCACACGGGGAAUGGUGUUCCAGGAUCCGGUGGAGUACAGAUCGAUGAGAUCAAAAUUCGCCUCAAGUUACUGCCAUUGCAAGGUAUGAAGACGAACCCGGCAAACGGCUCUUCGAAGAAACUUUUUGGGAUAGAAGAAGCUGAUGUUCCUUUACAACUAGCGUUAUGGCAAGCACCGGCCCCGGAUCCUCGCUUCGUUGAACGUGGCCCAAUGACCCUCUCUGAACGUUUCCCAGAGAGUAGCAGCGUUGUCUUAACAAAGGGGAAAUACCGUGGCUGCAAAGGUCGUGUCGUUGGAGUGGCGGAUAGAAAGAGCGUCGGUGUGAAGGUGGAAGUUAUCCCUGCCGAGCUUCCAUUUGGGCUUGCGAUUGCCCGGUCGGUUCGGGAGUCGCACAUCUCAUCGUCUGAUGCAGCAAAAAUAUUGAAGAUGAACCCUGGACUGUUCGGUAAGGUUACCGGCCGAUUACAAUUUGAACAAGGUCGUUAUGAUCUUGGCCUCAACCUGAAGUCUAGUGAUGGCAUGUGCGUCGUCGGAUAUACACGGAAAAAAUGGGAACCGCAAAGCGAUCUGGGGAAGAAAGGUGCGAGCCUAAAUAAUGCUUGGAUGGCCGGAGAUUCGCUUCUCGUUGUUGGUAGCUCUCGAAACCAAAUUGAGGAGGAUCGCGAGGAUCGAAUUCAAUGGGAAUACACUCCCAAGGCCAUCCGUCUGGUAGAAGAUUAUCGACGCGAGUUCCCACAGCUAUUCGCGAAUAUUGCGAAGAAGCCGAAUGAGAAAAAGUAUGACGCGAACAAAAUAUUUGGGUCAAAGGGCGAAGCUUGGCUACCGGUUAUAAGGGAGUGGCUCGAUAAGCAUGAAACGGCCAAGAUGCCGCGUACUCCUGUUUCUACCCAAUCCAUGUCGCACGAAGCGGUCGCGGCGGUACAGAAAGCUGCCGACGUCCGUUCUAUUGCAUUGAAAAAAAAGGGAUAUCCCAAAGAAUCUCUUAUAAAAAUUCCAGGAAGUGCUUUAUACCGAGAAGGUUCGACAGGAGCUACGGACGUCCUUAGUCCCGAAGACUUGAAUGAGAACGUCGCACCUGAUCUUGGUGACCGUGUUGUAAAUCUUUGUGCUGAUGGCAUCCCAUUUGGUGCUCGUGGGACUAUUGUUGGUAUUCAUAAAGCAUCAACUACCGGAAGCGUCGAAGUCGUCAUGGACGAAGAGUUUAUGGGAGGUUCAUCUCUUCAGGGAGCAUGUUCCAACUUCCGAGGGUCGGGGCGAGCAGCUGUGGAAAGAAUAAUUGCAAACAUUGAGCUUGGGGUUCAGCAAGACGCAAAUAGAAAGGCUCAUGUCACAAGCAGCUGGGAUAGCCAGGUCGAUACGGCUGCGGAACAAAUGAAAAGAUCGAAAAUCAACUCUGACUCGAUUGUCGUCGAAAGCAUUUUGCCCGUAAACACUCGGACACCUCCUCGUUCAUUGUCGCGGUCUGGAAGCGAUUCACGGUCUGCUAGUGCGCCUCGUCCAGGUAUAGCAAAGCCUACCCUCCAGACGUAUAAAGAAGCUCGUAAGCCGGACGAGAAAG